UCUCACAGGGUGAAACCUGGUUUCAGGGCAAGUGAAAGCAACUACAGCAAGAGUAUAAGGGGCAAUGACAGAUUAACAGUGGACUAUCUUUGUCAUGAGUGCUCAAGCUAACAUGGAUACCAUCUUAGUCUUCAGCCUAAUCAUUGUAUCCUAUGAUUCCAACAAGAAAGACCUCAGAGAAAGCAGCUGCCAAGUGGAACAGUUCCCUGGGCUCUUCCCAAAGGAUGUGAAAAGCAUGAGGGAAUUUCUAAUGCAAGAAACUCACACAGAAGCCAAAAGGGCCACAUUCAUCCAAAAUCAGACUAUGGCUACACUGCAGUGCCUUGGCUCUGGGAGCAAAGUGAAAGUCAACCUUCUGUACUUGGAGGGGAGGCCAGAAGUCAAACCUGUUCUGAAGAACCUAAGAGUCAUUGCUGCUCCCCAUAGAAACAGCUCUGCUUCCCCAAGCUGUCACCUAAUCCCCACAUCCAAGUUACAGACUGGAUCCAUUCUAACAGGCAAAGCUUUUUUGCCAGGGAUCUCCCAAUGUAAGUUCUACCCCAUGAUGAGGACGUCAUUAGAGACUUUUCCCAUCACUACCACCUCCACAACUUCUGGGAAUAAAGAAGAAGAGAAAACUACAAGUACUAGUGAUUUUUCUAGCUCUUUGACACAAGUCACAGAUGAGGACCUAGCAAAAAGGCAGAAAUGGAGUAUUGUGGUCAAAUUUCUGAUUGCUGUCACCCUGUUGGUCACUGGAGUUGCCAUUAUGAUAUGUGUCAUUUUUGAAGUCCCAUGCCCUAGUCGAUGCCUAGGAGCCAGAAGACUGUGCCAAUGCCAGCAGUUGUGGAGAAGGCAAAAGAAGAGAGACCAGCACCCUGGGGCAGCUGAAUCCCAGGCAGAUUCUCAGCCUGAGAAGGGAGGUGUUCACUGUGUGGUUUAUGUCAUUUGUUUAGAGAAAACAGGAUUAACAUAUAAGUGCAGGGAGGUUGGGAACUGCUUUAGUUAUAAAGCAAAAGUGGGUAAUUUUUCUAUAUGUCAGAUAUCUGUACUGCUAUUUUCCUAACAUCAGUCCACUCAUAAUCCAAUGAGAUACUUACUGAAAAUACAUACUUCUGGGGACAGAUAAACUGAAUCACAAUGUCUAGUGGAGCCAGGAAUCUUCUUUUCUUUUCUUUUUUUUUUUUUUGAGACGAGAUCUUGCUAUGUUGUCCAGGAUGGUCUAAAAAUCCUGGAUUUGACAAGCAUGGUAGUGCAUGCCUGUAAUCCCAGCAGCUUGGGAGGCUGAGGCAGAAGGAUAGCGAAUUCAAAGCCAGCCUCAGCAAAAGCAAGGCGCUAAGCAACUCAGUGAGACCCUGUCUCUAAAUAAAACACAACAAAUAGGGUUGGGGAUGUGGCUCUGUAGUUGAAUGUCUCUGAGUUCAAUCUCCAGUACCAAAAAUUAAAAAUAAAAUAAAAUCUUAGAUUAAAGCCAUCCUCCUGCCUCAACUUCCUGAGUAGCUAGGACCAUAGGGCUAUGCCAGCAUGCCUAGCUUAAGAUUUUUAAAGAUUUUUUAAAAAAGUUCCCUAAGUAUAGGUGGAUUUACUGUGAAAUAAAUGAAGCUUAUGCUUCAGGACCCAUGACCCUGUUCAAAGCCAUGCAUCUGAUUAUGUACUUUUAAAAUUUGUAUUGUUCUUCUUUAAGAAGGCUCCCCCAAAUUGUAAAAUCUUUAGAAUUCACAGAUGUAUUCAUCCUGUUCUUAGGUAACUCUUCUUUUUUUCCUUAUGGUAUUGGGGAUUGAACCCAGGGUCCACGGAUGCUAGAUAAGAGCUCUAUCAGUGAGCCAUAUCCCCAGCCCCAGGUGAUUCUUAUGUAAAGUAAAAUUUAGGUACCACCACUCUUGAACACAGUUUGAAGACUUGGCAUUGCAACUUUCUUCUUUUUCUUGUCUCUGGGUUUCCUGACACAAUUAUAAAUUAAUAGUGCCCUUUGGUUAAAACAGACACCAUACCACUGGCUCAGCAUGGAAACUUUUAAAUAUAUUUCCUACCAGGAGUAGACUUGGCCUUUCAAUAUGAGAUAUUGCUGGGCACCUUCUUCAAGACAAAUAAUGUUCCCUAAGGCAAACAGGCUUUAAACAUUAUUUUAUUCACUUAUUUUUAUGUGGUGCUGAGGAUUGAACCCAGGGUCUCAUAUGUGCGAGGCGAGCACUCUACCACUGAGCCACAACCCAGCCCCCUAGGCUUUAAAAAUUAAACAAGGCUUUAAAAAUUAAACUUUUGUAGAAUUACAGCAUUGAUAAUAGUCUCAAAGAUUAUCUAGUUCAGGAUGGUACACAUACUGCUACUCUUCCAUUCUACAUCAAGUGCAUAUGUCAAUAAUCAAGCACAGCACUCUUUCCACUCAGACCUGGCAUUACAAUCUUCCUUAUCACAGUGCUACAGGCACCCACUGCCAAUUUCUUGGUGAACUCUGGCCUAGGUUAAUAUUUUCUCCUAAUAUUAGGUGACAAUCCUAUACAAAUAGCAUGAUUUUGUAAUAUGGUAUAGCUUAGUUCUUUACUCCACAUUAUCAUUUCUACUGAAUAUUGGCAGAAAUAGGCUUGAAGGGGACAACAACAUCCAGCUCAGAAUUAGAGGUAAUCACGUAGCAGCUACUUGGAUUGAACUUCUAUGAACGUAAUAGGCUACUGAAUGAAAAGGGGAUGAAAACAGUAAUAAGGUAGCAAUUUUAUACACAUAAUUUCAUUUGUUUCUCACAAAAAUUCUGGGAGGUAGCCAGGGUAGGUAGCUGAUACUGAUACUUAAUUAGAAGGUUAGAGAGGAUAUGUGACUUUCUCAAGGUCACACACACUGGUAGAAACAGAACUAGAAUCCAUGUUUUUUAAUUGCUACACUAAUAUUCAUUAAAUCCUUCAUCUAGUCCACAAAAUUUUACUGAACACCUGAGUGUCUGCUUCCCUGUUAAAGAUGUUUACAAUCUAAUUGGAAAGAAAAAUCUUUGAUUAAAAAAUCAUAAUUAUGUUCAUAACAGCAUAAUAGGCACUUAGAAAACUUGAUGGCACCUGGGGUCAGCUAUGGUGAGUGUGGAAUGAGAUUAUUAAAAAUAUUUGGCCAGACCCAAAAAUCUCUGUUCAAAUCUCUGCCUCUUUUCAAAACAAAAUGAGAUUGUUUGGGCCUGGUUCAGGAAUGAAGCAGAAUCCCUGAAGCAUCUUGGAUCCACCCCAGUUGCAUACUUAGGGCCUUUUCCAUUCAGGGCAAACAGAUCAAGCAAGGGGUGAAUGGCACUUUACUAGUGGGCUAUAAUUCUCAUUCAUAUGUGCACCUUCUUCAUACUUUCUAUGUAAUUAUUGGGUAACAAAGAGGCAAAAUGAAGUGUACUUGGAAUUAUAUGGGGUUUUGUACUUAGCAAUCCCUUUGUUGACAUAUGAAGAAAUAUUCCUUCACAUCUUUCAUUAUCCUUUAUAUUUCCCUUCAAUCUUUAGGUUGGACAAGACAUUCCUAACUCAUCAAAUGCGAAAAAAACUACAGGAAUUACUAUUAUGCACCAGACAUACUUUUGCAAAAUUCUGUUCUGAAUGAAUACACUAUUUCUUCUCCACUCUUUCCUCCCUAUUAUUAGUCAAUAUGGGCAGUUUCUUGCCAGUGUUACAUUUAUAUCUUCAUGGGGUGGUGGGGCAUUAUUGUCAGUACUGCCAGGUCAGGGAAGGAAGAGCCUGGACUGAGCAGUUACCCUCACACUGCUACUGACGUUGCCACAAGCCUCUGUGAUUCACUUUGGAUGUCCAUGAAAAUGGAUAUCUUUCCAUUCCAUCAAAUGAAAACAAAGGCCUUCCCUCUAAGUACUAUGAAUGGAUCUUAUUGCUCUCUUUGACAAAAGACUUAAACACAGCCUCCAAGAAACUGGGCAAGGCAGCUGGUAGUGUGGCAUACAUCCCAACUCCUCCGUUAUCCUCACAACUGACUUCCUGCUCACUGGCUGUCAUUGAGCUUACAAACUAAUGUCCUGCUCUUCCAGAAUAAUGUCCACAGGUUUUAUGAUUUACCCUCUGCCAUUGCAUAUGGCUAUCAACACACUGGUGAAGGAAACUUGACCCUACUCAUUCCAAAAGCCCUCCUCAUAAGUCAUUCCCAAGGGGCUUAGAGACUGCAGACUCAAGUGAAGUCUCCUCACAAUCCAGAAUUCCUAAAGUGGGUCUGAUAUAUAUUUUAUUUUAGUAGUGUGAUACAUACAGUUUGGAUAAGGAUUCCAGAGCAGAAUGAUUAUGACCACGAUGUGAUGGAGUCUGACCUGCCUAAGCAAGAGUUUCGUGAGAAAGUGGAAACAGCUGAUCUUAAAGAAGUGUUUAAGUGGAAAAGGGAAUGGUGGAUGUUAGCCUGCUUCUUUUCAUAAGAUUCUGAAACCAUUUCAUUUUGGUGAUAUGUGCCUGCUUCUAUGUAAUUCUGUUUUCUUAGUUCUCUGGUAGAAGCCAUACAUACAUUGUAUUCUUCUUUCUUUCACUUCAAAUACUGUCCAAAAAAUGAUUCUCAAAACUGUACUAUAAUAGCAGAGGAACAAGCUGAACCUGGAAGAGACAGAAGAGACAAAAGCGUGGGUGAUGUCAUGUUUUGGUGAAACACUAAAGAAUAUCUGAAGAUCCACAGAGCAUACAUGGAACAUAUGGCAGACAGAAAGGACAGAACACUGGUGUGGCCUUCGGAUAAAUACAUUACACCCUGCCACUGAAUCACAACAUCACCUUAAGUUUAUCCUGCCAUCUCUUAUUAUUUAGUUCGACCAUAAAAUAGGAGGAAAGUGGGGCUGGGGAUGUGGCUCAAGCGGUAGCACGCCCGCCUGGCCUGCGUGCAGCCCAGGUUCGAUCCUCAGCACCACAUACAAACAAAGAUGUUGUGUCUGCCGAAAAAAACUAAAAUAAAUAAAUAAAUAUUUUAAAAAAUUUAAAAGAAAUAGGAGGAAAGUGCCUGCUUUUCCUGGGACCAAUUGGGAGGAUUAUUAAAAACAUGUUCUUAGAAGCUCUUGGUCUAGAAUUAAUGCCUGCAUUCAUCCCCACAUGUCCCUGCCUUUCCCACCACAACUGAAUGUCUCUUAAUCUGGAAACAUGAAAUUUCCCAGAAGAUGAAACCUGUGGCAAAGUCCAUGCCUAUCAACUCUUCUGCAAGAGUAUAAUUUGGACAUUUGUAUUGAUUUUCUUUAUAAAAAUUCACUGAGUCAAAAUUAUGUAUUUUGCUUUGGGAACAUCUGUUUCCCAUGGCAAAGCAAGAUCUCCCUGUGGAUUUUCUAACUCCCUAGUCAUUUAACAACUUUGAAUCCUAUAUUCCCUCUCUAGUGGAGAUUCUUGAAAAGUAAGAGAUCAAAGAGAUGGCAGUUCAGAAGGGAGAACUCCUAUGGGGACUCUGGGAUGUGGACUUUAGUCUCAGAUUGCUUCAGAGCCAGGCACAAUUCUCUGUGUCACCAUUACAGAUGCAACUUGAUAAAACAUUUCUAUGUAAGUGCAAAUUACUCCUCUGCAAAGUAUAUGGUUCUUAUUGCAAAUUCUUUCUUACAAAGUUGUCAUACUUUGUUUUUCUGAUUAUUAAAGUACAUUCUCAUUUUUAAAAAUUUUGAAAAUAAUGGAAAGUAUAAAGAAUAAAGGAUUAAAAGUUA